AUGAAAAGGAACGCAAGUUUGGUAUCGUACGAAAGCAGUUCUGACGAAGACAAAGAGAUCAAACUGAUUAUGAAAUGCAGGAGACUACCGAGCCUUCCCUCUUCCCUUCUCCCGCAAGUUCCUAAAGAUGAUCCAGCUUUGCAUCAGGGUCGCAUUCGCACGACACCGCACGUCGAAGGCCAAUUUGCUGCUUAUGUCUACGUUCCAUUGAUCGUUGACAAGCACUCUGCUCUAUCCGAACUCGCUAUGAAUGCAUUUCAACGAGCUCAGGAACUUGUUCCUUCUCUUCAUCCUAUCGGAUUAUGUGACAAGCCGAACGCCGAUAGCACUGGCAGCGACCAUUUCGAAUUCCACAUAUCUCUCACACGACCGUUCUAUCUUCGUGCACAUCAACGAGACGAGCUAAAGCAUGCGGUUAAGCAACUAGCCCAAGGUCAAUCCGCAUUUGUGACCUCAUUUACCUCAUUCUCAGAGCUCAAGAACGACGAGAACACGCGAGUAUUUCUCACGAUGGAGAUUGGGGCGGGUCAUGCAGAGGUACGUGUAUUGUCUGAAGCUUUGACGCCUAUACUGAGGUCAAUACGACAAAAGGAGUUCUACUCUGAACCAAGAUUCCAUGUCUCUAUCGCCUGGGCGCUCCUUGAUAGAGCAGCAUCGGGUAGCUGCACAAUUGCUGGUUCUGAAACCAUUACACAGACCUCAGAUUCUUCACAAACAUUCUGCAGCAUAUCCGCCUUGCCGCCAACGUUGGUGUCUGCGCUGAACGCAGAAUUCAGCUCAUUGCUGUCUGCUAAACAUAUUGGGAGUUUCGAGAUGAACCAAGUGUGUGUGAAGGUCGGCAAAGAUGUCAAGCGAUGCACUUUGCGGGGAUAG